AUGACACAAUUAUAUGAACCAAUACCCUUAAUAACCUCUACCAAUUCAGUAAAUGAAGUACAUUUAUUGAUUGGAACUGGUGAAGAUUCCUGUUCUCAAACCAUUAGGAAAGCAAAAUCAAUUUUAAAAUCCGGUGCAUCACCAAUAAUAAUUAAUCCAACUUCACAAUCUCAUUAUAAAAAAUUAUCCAUUGAAUUUGCUCAUGAUCCAAAUUUUAAAUUACUUAAUAGACCUUUCCAAUUAUCUGAUUUAACUCAAUUAGGUAGAAAAUUAGUAAGUAACAUUGUGGACCGUGUAUUCAUAAAUUUACCACCAAAUGAUACCCUCUUAGCAAGAGAUAUUCAUAAUCAAUGUAUCAAAUUAAGAAUACCUAUAAAUACAUUCCAAAGACCGGAAUAUUCGACUUUCACAAUGUUACCUACAUAUAUUGACCCUAAGGGAAGUGGGUUACAAAUCUCCGUGACAACAAAUGGUAGAGGUUAUAUCUUAGCGAAUAGAAUUAAAAGAGAAAUAGUUAAUAAUCUACCAUCAAAUAUCUCCGAAAUCGUAACAAAUAUGGGUCAAUUAAGAGACCAAAUUAUAAAUGAAGAUCAUAAAAUAUUACUAAAUGAAAAAUUCUUUUCUACAGAAUUAUCAAUUAAUAAACUGGGGUACGGAUUGGAUAAUGAUUCGUGGGAAAGUCAUAAAUUCAAUAAAUUAAUUAAAGAAUUUGAAAUGACUAGUAAAGAUCAAAAAUUGAAAAGAACAAGAUGGUUAUCUCAAAUCAUGGAAUAUUAUCCAUUAUCAAAAUUAGCAGAUAUUACAAUUGAUCAAUUAUCUGACACCAUGGCAAGUGGAACUACCAACAUAAAUACAAACAAAAAAGUGACCAAGACACCAACCGAUGACGAUGAUUUCGCAUCUAUACCUUCAAAACAGCAAAAGUUAUCACCAUCUCCUUCAUCUGGGGAAAAGGUACAAAUACAAUUGCAAGAAAAAGAAACUACCACAAAAUCCAAGGGGUCCAUAUCAUUAGUUGGAGCAGGACCAGGUUCCAUAUCCAUGCUAACAAUAGGAGCAUUACACGAAAUCAAAACAGCAGAUCUAAUCCUAACAGAUAAAUUAGUCCCACAAGCAGUCCUAGAUUUAAUUCCUCCAGAAACAGAAACGUUCAUAGCAAGGAAAUUCCCCGGAAAUGCAGAACAUGCACAACAAGAAUUAUUACAAAUGGGUCUCACUGCUUUACAAAAUGAUAAAAAAGUGGUUCGUUUAAAGCAAGGUGAUCCAUAUAUCUUUGGUCGUGGCGGUGAAGAAUUCUUAUUCUUUCAAGAAAAUGGAUUUGAACCGAUAGUCUUACCAGGGUUAAGUUCAUCAUUAGCAUCUACCGUAGUAUCAAAGAUUCCAGCUACACAAAGAGCCAUAGCGGAUCAAGUUUUGAUAUGUACAGGUACAGGAAGAAAAGGUAGUCUCCCAGUUAUACCUGAAUUUGUUCGAACUCGUACCACUGUUUUCUUAAUGGCUUUACAUAGAUCAGAAGAAUUGAUUGAUAAUUUAAUUAAGAAUGGUUGGGAUGGGGAUGUACCCGCAGCUAUAGUGGAGAGAGCAUCUUGUCCUGAUCAAAGAGUUACAAGAACAAAAUUGAAAUAUGUUCCUCAGGUUAUUGAAGAAAUUGGAUCUAGACCACCUGGAUUAUUGGUUGUAGGGAACGCAGUUAAUGCAUUGAUACGAAAUGAAUAUUUGAAUUCACUUGAUUCUUCUUCUUCCACUUCCAAAUAUUAUAUGGAGGAGGGUUAUAAGGCGUUCGAGAUCAAUGAUCUUUCUAAAUUAUUUUGA